AUGAUUAUAUUAACUUUAUUAUUAGGCGUAUGUGCUCAAAACAAUGUAAAUGAAUUAUUGAAGGAAUGGGAAAUCCAUAUUGAAUAAUCGUCAAGUGAAAGUUAAUAUACAUUCAAAUAAAUACUAAACGAAUUUAAGAAUGAAAUACCCAGACAAUAUCAAUCUAAAUUUUUUAGGAUGUAUGGGCAGUAUAUCUUUUAUGGUUUAGAAGAUGAAAAUUCAAUAGAUUUUGCAAGGGCUCUUUAUUACUUUAAGAGGUCGUCUGAUCUAGGGGACAUUAAUUCUCAGUUUUAUUUGUCAUUAUUGACAUAUUUAAAUUUAGAUGGCUCUUACAAUCUUUAAAGUAAUCUUGACCCAGAAACUAAACUCUAUCGGUACGUUAAGGAGAAGUAUCAGAGCAUCUCUUUGGUCGAUCUAUACUUCUCUGCAAUUUAAGGAUUUCAUCAGAGUGGCGUUGCGAUAGGUUUUAGAUAUUGGAAGGGAGUAGGAGUCAAUUAGAAUUGCUCAAAUUCUGCUAUGUUUUAUUUGUCAGUAUUGGAAGAAGUGGCCAAUACACCCAUCAAAGCCAAAUACUUAAGUGAAAACAGGCAAGUAGCCAAAGUAUUGUAUGACAGCAAUUUCUACAUGAACCACGAAUUGGACAUAUUUGGACACGCUCAAAUAUUUGAGAAUUUGAAUAUAAUCACCCAUGAAUCUGCCAUUGAAGUCAAAGAAUUAGCGUAUAACUAUUACUACGGAUUGAAUGGACUCAGACGCAAUUUCGCAAAGGCAUAUCAAUUAUUUUACAAAUUAUAUGAGUAAUUAAAUGAAAAGGAAUCUGGCAUCAGAGUGGCUCAGAUGCAUAUUGAAAAUUUGGGAGUAGAAGAGCCAAAUUACUUAUUGGCUUUUUAGAUUUUGAGUAAAAUUGAAACAAAAAACUAAGACUAUUUGGGGAGAAUCUAGAAUGCAUUAGGUUAUAUGUAUUACAAGGGAUUGGGAGUACAAAAAGACAUAAUAAAGGCUUAAGAUUGUUUUCGAAAAGCAGCAGACCUUCAAAACAAUGAUGGUUUAUUUAAUCUUGGAUCCUUGUACAUGUUGCCUUCUACAAUAUAAAGAGAGCGCAAUCAAUAAAAGGGAGUUUAAUUGAUUGAAUAGGCAGCUGUAACUGGACAUGCCAUGGCUCAAUAUAGUCUGGCAUUAAUACUACUUGAUGGAGUAGAUCUAUUUUACUCCUGUGAUUUGGCUGCCACUCUAUUGCAUGCUUCUUCAUCAAAAGGACCUUGGGCUGACACUCUAAAAACAGCUAACUAUCUGUUCUAACAGGAAUAAUAUCUGGAUAUAGUGGAUUUAAUGUGGCUAUAUGUAAAUGCAAAUUAAUACUUUUUAGAGAAUGCAGCUGUUGUGAUGGAAUAGAAUGAUGCCUUUUAUUAUGAUACUCUACACUUUAGUGAAGUUCAAAGUAGACUCGAUAAAGAUCCUGUUUAUUAAAUUAGAGGUGUUGCUAACAAGGAUGCAUUUGAAUAUUUGUAUUCGGAUUAUUUACAGUUUGUGAGUUACUCCACUCUUUAUGAUUUAUUACAACUAGAUAGUUUUUAAUUAAAUGGAGCAUUAUAAUAUAGGUUCCUUACACAAUGCGCUAAAGAGAGGGAAGCAAUUUGUCAUAUGAAGCUUGGUGAUUAUUAUUACAUUGGAAAAUAUGAGGAUGUGGAUUUCAUAAAGUCAUUUCGGCAUUACAAAAAAGCAUUGGAUGGCUAAUUGUUAGAUGCAAUGAAGGGUCAUGUGUACUUUAAUUUAGGAUUGAUGUACGCUUUGGGUUAGGGGGUUAAUAUGAAUAGAACGAGGUCUAGAGAAAUAUUUGAGAUGUCAAUUAAUACUUAUUCGUUAAUUCCGAUAGUGCCUGCAAUUGUUUAAGUUUAAAUAAUCGAUUUUUGGGUUAACGUAUAUAGGCAGAUAGAUCAAAAUGGAAUUGAAUAGUUUUUGGAUGUGAAUUAUUGGGAAUUUGCGAAUAGCAUGAUAUAAGGAAUUGAAAUGUGGGUUAUGGAGAAUUGUAAGGGGAUUGCAAAUGUAGCUGCGGGGUCAUUAAUAGUGAUUCUUUUUGGAUGGCGUUUGAAAUUAAUUAAUUAAUAAAACUGA